AUGGCGAUGCUGAACGUGAGCGCGCUGAUCACGGGCUACGACACGGUCGGGGACCACACGGAGUUCAUCGUGGAGAUCUCGUGCAAUGGCGGCUUGUGGCGCAUCUCGCGGCGCUUCAGCGACUUCGACCAGCUGCACUCGCGCCUUGUGCGGCGCUUCGGGGACCUCAUCGAGGUGUCGCUGCCCGAGAAGCAGUGGUUCGGCCGAUUUGACCCCAACUUUUUGAUUAAACGUCAGGCGAGCUUACAAGAGUAUCUCGACGGACUGCUGCAGGUCCCCGGUAUUCUGGACGAUGCUUCCUUGCAGCACUUUUUGGAGCUGGAGAAGCACUUGGACCUGCACAGCGAGCUUGGCAUGGGCGGAGUGGGCAGCAAUGGCCGAUCCAGUGGCAUGUGGUCCGGCAAGGGCGUGCUGAGCGAGAACGACCGUCUGAGUGGAAUUGUUGAGAGCGCGGCGCAAGCCUUCAUCGACAUCAGCGAGGUCCCCGAGCCGCUGGAAGCGGAACAGGCCGUGCAGCGCAAGAACGAGAUCGUGACGGCUUCUCAGAACCUUCUGAACGAGCAGAAGCUGGGCGAGCAGUUCACCACUCAACUGGCGACGCUCCGUCUCCCGCGUGUCCAAGCGCAACCGUCGAACGAGGAGCUGCUGUCUCGACUGGACGCUGGCAAUGAGGAUGGCAUGACGUAUGAGCAGGAGCAGGAGUAUCUGUGGGGCAUUCUGGAGAAUGCCGAGGCAUCGCUUCGUAUGGAGAUCACCCCGCCGUCGGUCGACUUACUAGCCGUCAUGACGGUGUCGACGACGCCGGAAACGCCUGCCAUUGGAUCAAACGGCUCCCUGCCGAAUGGAAAUGGAGCGCUCGAGGCGGGGUCGCUGGAUGACCGAAGCAGCAUCGGGAAUGGCUCGUUCAGUUGA